UGCUUGUCUUCCAAAAUGGACAUAUACCGUGAACAGAGUAUCUGUCAGGCGCGGGCCGCUGUCAUGGUGUAUGACGAUGCCAAUAAGAAAUGGGUUCCAGCCGGCGGCUCCACGGGCUUCAGCAGAGUGCACAUAUACCACCACACGGGCAACAACGCCUUCCGGGUGGUGGGACGCAAAAUACAGGACCAUCAGGUGGUAAUAAACUGUGCCAUUCCCAAGGGGCUCAAGUACAACCAGGCCACACAGACCUUCCACCAGUGGCGCGAUGCCAGGCAGGUCUACGGACUCAACUUUGGCAGCAAGGAGGAUGCCAACGUAUUCGCCAGUGCCAUGAUGCAUGCCCUGGAGGUGCUCAACUCUCAGGACACAGGCCCGACGUUGCCAAGACAGGCCCCCCAGGUUCAGAAUGGACCUUCGCCAGAGGACCUGGAGAUGCAGAGAAAGCAGCUGCAGGAGCUUCAGAGGCAGAAGGAGAUGGAGCGCGAGCGGCUUGAGCAUGAGCGCCAGGAGAGGGAACGGCUGGAGCGUGAGAUGCUGGAGAGGGAGCGUGAACGGGAACGUCAAGACCGUGAGCGUCAGGAGCGAGAGAGGGAGCGCGCCGAGAGGGAGAGGGAGCGCGCCGAGAGGGAGCGCGCCGAGAGGCAGCAUGUGGAGCGCGUCGAACGGGAUCGCCUGGAGCGUGAGCGUCAGGAGCAGUUGGAGAGAGAGCAGUUGGAGAGAGAGCGGGCGGAGAGAGAGCGGGCGGAGAGAGAGCGGGCGGAGAGAGAGCAAUUGGAGAAAGAGCGGGUGGAGAGAGAGUGGGAGCUGAUGGAGAGCGAGAAGCAGGAGAGGGAGAGGAUGGAGCGAGAGACUCACCAGGAGCAGCAGUUGGACAGAGAGCAGAUGGACUGGGAGAGAGGGAGACGCAUCUCCAACGCCGCAUUUGAAAGUACCCUCUACACCCCUCCGCCUCCAGAGUACUCCUCCAAGACCUCCUCUACGUCUGUGUCUCCCACCACCCCCAACUACCCUCCGCCCACCCCAUCACCCUCCUCUGCAACACCCCCCACCCCACCUCUACGUCACUCUGCCUCCCGAUUUGCCACCUCGCUAGGCUCCGCCUUCCACCCCGUCUUGCCCCACUACGCCACAGUCCCCAGGCGACAGCCCGUACCUCCCACGCCCCCCACCCCGGCCCCAGCAACCCCCUCCAAGUCUUUGGUGUGGUCAGCAACAAACUUCAGCCCUCUGCCCCCCUCGCCCCUCAUGAUCAGUAGUCCCCCGGGCAAGGCAACAGGCCCACGCCCUGUCAUUGCCAUCCCAGUCCCCAGCCCCUUGUCACAGAAACCCCCCUCUCCCAAUGGGCCUCCUAUGUUCCCUGCCCCUUCACCACUCACCAUUGGCAACAGCAGCAACCCCACCCCGCCGCCCCCUCCCAGCCCCCCCUCCCACCCCUCGCCUGUUGUCUCCCCCAUCGCUCCCCUUGUGUCCUCUCCCUCAUCCCAGCCUGCUGUUGUCCCUUCUCCUUCCACAGCUCCCCCUGCCUCUGCUGACCUCUCUGCUGACCUCUCUGUAAACCUCUCUGAGCUGGGAGACUCCUGCUCCUCGGCUCCAGAGGCCUUUCAACACAGUGUUGACGCCGGUGCUGCCCACCCCCCUCCCCCCUCCCCCCUCCCUCCCAGCUCCUCUGUGACCUCCACAGCCUCUGCCCAACCAGGCCCUCCUCCCCCUCCCCUACCCCCCACACUCACCCCUACCAGCGGCGUGCCCCCUCCCCCACCCGGACCCCCACCUUCCCUCGGUGGCCAGGCCCACCCUCCCCCUCCACCAGCCCCUCCCCUGCCACCCGGCCUCUUCUCCCCCUCGGAGGACCGCCCCCUGUCUGGGCUGGCCGCUGCCCUCGCUGGAGCCAAGCUGCGUAAAGUGCCAAGGAGUGAUAGUGGUGGUGAUGCGGCAGCUGCUCUGGCUGCAGCCAUGGCUGGGGGCUUGGCUGGCGCUACAGGGGCCAAACCUGGAGGGAACGGCCCUCUGGGAGGAGCACCUGGAGGAGGGGGGUUGAUGGAGGAAAUGAGCGCCCUCCUGGCCAGGAGGAGAAGAAUUGCAGAGAAGGGAUCAUCACCUGAGCCGGAGCAGAGAGCUGACGACGGCGGCGGUGAGGGCACCACGACUCCUAAAGUGUCUGCCUGUAGCACACCAGACAUGCCCAGGAAACCAUGGGAGAGGACUAACACUAUGAAUGGUAGCAAAUCCCCAGUCAUUGGAAGACCAAAAUCCACACCGACUGGAUCCCUAAGUGCCAACGGGGUGCCAACAGAAGGUCUCGACUACGACAGAUUGAAACAGGACAUUCUGGACGAGAUGAGGAAGGAGUUAUCAAAACUGAAAGAGGAACUCAUUGAUGCCAUCAGAGAGGAGCUGGGCAAGUCGAACACUGUGUAGAAGGAUCUCACCUCCCUGUAAAUUACACCUAUUACCGGACAACUGAGACAGGUCAACUUCAGAUAGGACAAUAUUAUAAAGAAACAAACAAGGAAAAAAGUUUAAAAAGGUAGCGAUGAUGAUGACAAUAACCGAAUUAAUACAGCAGACAGAGUUUUUGGGCGGAGCAGCGUCAGACACACAACUGGGGACGAGGGAGUGCUGGAGGUGUGUAGCAUGGAAGCACUGCUGGCGUCCAUCUUGUGAAGCCUGGCCGUUGCUGCCAUUUUCCCGCAGCCUCACCUGGAGGACAGGACACAGUCAUGAAGAGAAUUGACUGUCAUUAUGCAAAGAUUUCUCUCUUUGUCGAUAACACAAGAAAACAAGGAAAAUCAACAAAUAAAAAACUAACUAUAUUGAGCUGUAUACUGUAUUAACCAUUGAAGUGUGAGAAGUCAGACAGCGGUCACACUAAGAUUUGGAUCGGUUGGUGCGCACUUGUGAUUUCAAAGCAAAAAGGCACGUUUAGUGGGUGAGUGUUAAGUUUGGAGGCAGGAGGGGAGGGAAAGGGAAGUAGGACUCAGUUUCCCAUAGGGCCAUAGGAGGGAGCCUCUUGAUGUGAAUGAGGGACUGACUGGUGGACUUGGUAUUGUCUACUGCUGCAGGACUCUGUAAUGCUUGUCUUCCUCAAAUACUAUUUUAACCUGAAUAUGUACAAAAGAAGAAAAAAUGAUAUCUACAAGUCUAUCAAUUGUCUGAUUUAAUGUAAACCAUGGCCAUAUCAAGUAGCUUAAUCAAAUAUUUUCAAGAUGGUCUGUCUUUUGGUCUGUUUGGCUUAAUAUCCGAAUAUCAUUAUCUUCUUUUUUUUCUAUAGAAAUGAUCGCUGUAACAAGCUACUGUACUGCAUUUCUUAUCAAUGUUUCUGUGUGUUGCAGGCUGAUGAGACGGUCACAAAGGGUACAUGCCUUUCUACAGUCAAUCUUUGUAGCUCUUUACCAAACAACCUCUGUCAAUUAGUGACGGUUAAUACUGCUAAAAUCACCAUGACCAGAUCUGGAGAUGAAGCUAUUUGAAAUCUCUACUGUUAUUAUGAACUGAAUCUUUUUUCCUCUCCCUCUCAUUUUCUGUCAAAAUGUUUGGUGCAUGUACGGUGAGACUGCCAAGAAGUUGCAUUAUUGUCCGUCAGUUUAUAAGCAAUAAGUGUAGCAUCUGGGUUGAAUUUCCCCCACAUGUUUUCCUUAAAAUGUUCCUGUUCUUUUAACUCCACUCCAGCGCCCUGUUGAGGUUGUGAUAGUGAUUCUGUACCUCCUUCUGUUCACUACUGUACAUCUACCUAAUAGAUUCUAAACUGUUCUGAAACAAAUGGGUAGUGAAUAGAUGAGAUGGACAGACCCCCUCUGUUUAUAGCCAUAAUGUACUUAAUUUACUGAGGUACGCCAUUCAUUUUUCAAUUCAUGGUAUUUUGCAUUAAAACAAUUACAUGCAUUAAAAAAUAUACAAAAAAUAGUCAUGAAAAAGACAUGAGGGACACCCCAUAAAUGAGUAAUGAAAAGACAUGAGGGACACCCCAUAAAUGAGUAAUGAAAAAGACAUGAGGGACACCCCAUAAAUGAGUAAUGAAAAAGACAUGAGGGACACUCCAUAAAUGAGUAAUGAAAAAGACAUGAGGGACACCCCAUAAAUGAGUUUGUCGGCAUGACAUAUCCGCAUCAUGCUUGUGCCAUUGUGUUUGACUUGUGCUUAAUAAUUAUUUGUAGCAUUUUUGUUUGCCUUUAUUUCCUCUCCUAUAAUAUGAAGUUCUGAUAAUGGCAUACUUCUUUCGCCCUUUGACUUUGCUCAUAUGGGAAUGGCUACUUUUAAUUGAAAAUGUUAACUUUUCAAAACAAAACACUUUUGAUUUCCUAAAAAUCUCGAUGUACAAUCAACUGAGAGAAGGUCAAACUGAGGUCACCCUGAGACUAGUGUAAAACAGAGCUGUCUCCAAUGUAAAACUCUAGCUUCUAUUCUCUUGACUUGCUGGUAAGGGGAUCGACUUUGAUCAGGGUUCUGUCAUGGCAACAGCUGAGGGGGUCGUAGUGACUGAGCUAUCUUCACAACACUCCCCUUGUGAGUGUUUUGCUCAAACACAAAUUAUUUCAUUCUCAUCUCUGAGUCAAAGCAUUGGAAGUUUGUACAGAAGAGUGUUUACAGCAUCGAUUGCACUUUAUAAACCCAUAGAAAUUCACGAUACUAUGAUGAACCUGCUUACAAGAUGCAGCCAUUGCCAAUAGUGUGGCUAUCACACCAAAGGUUUCAGCUACAAUCUCCUCCUACACACAUCACACUCUACUGAGUCGCCUUUUGUUUUAUCAUUGUCAAGAAAAAGGGAGAUGUCUAUAUAUCGAGUCCUUUGGAUUGAGGAGUGACACAUUCUAAUUAAGAAUCAUUCAUAUCUACAUGGAUAAUUCUGUUUGUGAUCUUCAUGGUUUGUGCCUUGUUCUGAAUUUACAUUUAAUAUGUCAAAGAUUUAAAAAGACUAGUAAUAAUUCUAGGAAUUGUCAUUAUCUCACACAUGAUCAUUGUUUAGUUUUUUUUUUUUUGCAUCCUGGUAUAGUUAUUUUAAUGGGAGAAUGAAGUUAUGUCACAAUUGUACACAAUUGAACCCUAGAAGUGGUGUAUUUUCCUCAUGCCAUUUGUAUGUUACAGAGCAGUUUGUUACAUGGUUUAGGUUCUUGGCGCUUGGGAAAUCUGAAAAUGUAUAUAUCCUCUACAGCAGUGGAGGCUGCUGAGGGGAGGACGGCUCAUAAUGUCUGAACAGAGCGACUGGAAUGGCAUCAAACCAUGUGUUUGGUGUAUUUGAUACCAUUCCACCAAUUCCGCUCCAGUUAUUACCACAAGCCCAUCCUCCCCAAUUAAGGUGCCACCAACCUCCUGUGCUCUACAGUUACAUUUUUGUCCCCCAAAUCUGAUUUUUCCAUCUAUUGAGGGAACCGAAGCUGGUGGACAUUAAGAAUAUUCAUGAGAAAUUCAACUGAAUGUCUCUGAAAUGAAUUUCAGUUUCCUUUAUUCUUUUAUCAUUCACUUUGUACCAUACUGUUCUCAUAUUAAUUAGAAUUUUCUUACAUGCUAACAUUGUUUGAGCAAAUAAAAAAAAUUGCAAUACAUGAUUAAAAAGUAA